AUGGUAAAUGAGUCUCAGUCUUAUCUGUGGGCCACAAUUUACGGUAUAUGGGGAUGCCAAUCCUUGUUCGUCAGUGACAUCUCCAGGCUAGCGAGCCCCGCCACCGAGACAAUACCUACUAACGAACAUUGUUGUAAUUGUGGCCGCAACCGCAACCGCAACUGCGUCUUCCGUCGUCGAGCAAGCCUUGACAGUGAACCCGGAUACGACACGACGGGUCUCGUGGUGACGCCAUGUCACUCGCCAGCGCCCCCCAACUGUCAUCCUUGCUGCUUGUGGCCCCGUCUCUAA